AUGCCACAACAAAGAGCUUUACGCGGAAGUCGAUGUGGUGUACCGGCGGCUGAUAAGUGGAAGACACCAACAUCUUGCACCGCCAUCAAAACUGGCUACAAAAAUUCGUCUCCCCUUCUUUGGUCGUAUAAUAGGGAGACCAGCAGAUCGCCUCGCUCAACGCGUUUUGAGGAGUUUGUCGGAUUCAAGCUGGAAAAGGCCACCUGGCCGAAAGCGGAAGUUCUAGAUUGA